AUGGUCAGGAAGUCCCUGGUGGCUGGCCUGGUGGUUUUGCUGGUGGCUGCAGUAGGAGUGUUCGUGGGGGUGUUCAUGGGGGUGGGAAACAAGAACCCCAUCUCACCCUCAGACCAUUUCUACUCAAAAGCUGCCGUGGCUACAGAUGCUGGGAUAUGCUCUGAGGUGGGGAGGGACAUCCUGAAGAGGAACGGCUCAGCGGUGGAUGCAUCUAUCGCCGCCCUGCUGUGUGUUGGCCUCCUGAACGCUCACAGCAUGGGCAUUGGAGGGGGGCUCUUCUUCAACAUCUACAACGCUUCCACAGGGAAGGUAGAAACCAUUGACGCGAGGGAGACAGCACCCAUGAACGCGACGGAAGACAUGUUUGGCGAAAACACCCAGCUUUCUCGGAAAGGUGGAUUGUCUAUAGCCAUUCCUGGGGAGAUCCGUGGUUACGAGAUGGCACACAGGAGACACGGCAGGCUGCCAUGGAAGGAGCUGUUUGAGCCAAGCAUUGAGUUGGCACGCGUAGGAUUCCAUAUAGGCAAAGCCCUGGCCAAGGCCAUCGCCAGCAACAAGGACGCUAUUCAAGGAGAUGCCAAUAUGUGUGAAGUGUUCUGUGACUCCCAGAAAAACAUCCUGAAGGAAAAUGAUAUCAUUAAAUUUCCCAAACUAGCAGACACCUACAAGAGGAUAGCGGAGGAAGGACCUGAUGUGUUUUACAAUGGGACAAUGGCACAGACAAUUGUUGAUGACAUCCAGGCAGCAGGUGGUAUUAUCACCCUGGAGGACCUGUUGGACUACUGGCCUGUGUUGAAUGAGAACCCACUGAAGCUGACCGUGGGCGAGUACACCAUGCACGUCCCAGACGCCCCCUCCAGCGGCCCAGUCCUGGCACUCAUACUCAACAUAGUGGACGGUUAUAACUUCACUGGCACAAGUGUUUCAACGGCCGAGAAAAAGACUCUGACAUAUCACCGCAUCGUGGAGGCUUUCCGGUUUGCUUAUGCCAAGAGGAGCAAACUAGGGGAUCCACGUUAUCUCAAUAUCACUGAUCUCAUCCACAACAUGACCUCAGACUACUUUGCUGACGGGAUCAGGAGCAAGAUCACAGAUGACACCACUCAUCCCGACAGCUACUACGAGCAAGAUUAUUUUGUCCCAGACAAUCAUGGGACAGCACACCUGUCCGUCAUAGCUGAGGAUGGAAGUGCUGUGGCUGCCACCAGCACAAUCAAUCUAUAUUUUGGCUCAAAUGUCAUGUCCCGAUCAACUGGCAUCAUUUUUAAUGAUGAGAUGGAUGACUUCAGCUCUCCACACAUCACCAACGACUUUGGAAUCCCUCCAUCUCCUAACAACUUCAUCCAGCCUGGUAAAAGGCCUCUCUCUUCUAUGUGCCCAACUAUUAUCUCUGACAAAGACAAUAGAGUGAAAAUGGUGGUGGGAGCCUCUGGUGGCACAAAGAUCACCACAGCAACUGCCCUAGUGAUUCUGAAUACCUUGUUCUUUGACUACGACCUCAAAAAAGCUGUGACACUACCUCGAAUUCACAAUCAACUCAACCCAAGUAUGACUGUAGUGGAGGACGGCUUUGAAAAGAGUGUAUUAGAUGGCCUGGUAAAGAAGAACCAUGUAACAGAGCUGCUGAUGACUCCUGAUUCAGUGGUGCAGGCGGUGGUGAGACAGGGGGAGCGGCUCUGUGCCGAGUCCGACCCCAGGAAAGGGGGCUAUCCAGCGGGCUACUGA